AGGAUGGGGUGCGGAAAGGCAAGGGGAGUUAGGCGCAACACGCGCGACAUGUUCCAGAAGGCCUUUGGAGAGAAGGGUCUGCCGUCGAUGUCGACCUACCUCACCACCUACAAGCUUGGCGACUUUGUCGACAUCAAGGUGAACGGAGCUAUCCACAAGGGUAUGCCCUACCGCUACUACCAUGGCCGCACUGGCCGCGUGUGGAACGUGACCAAGAGAGCGCUCGGCGUCAUGGUGAACAAGCAGGUCAAGGGACGUGUUCUCAGCAAGCGCAUCCACGUUCGUAUCGAGCACGUGAAGCCCUCCAAGUGCCAGGAUGAGUUCAAGGCCCGUGUGAAGCACAACGAGGAGGUCAAGGCCAAGGCCAAGAGAGCAGGAAAGAGGAUCGAAAUCCUCAAGCGCCUUCCCAAGGACCCCAAGCCCGGCUACAUCGUUAAGGCCAAGAAGCAGCCCGUCCACACCAUGUGCGCUGUGCCCUACGAGCUCCUGGCUUAAAGAACCAAUAAAACCAUUGCGAGAA